AUGUCUGCAUUUGGUUCCGGCCAACCAAGCGUGUCUACUGGCUUUUUUGGUAACAACAAUGCUACGUACGCAGGAUUCAAUAAUGAGCCGUCUUCUGCUAUGUCCGCGGACACUCCGACAAGUGCAACUGGCGCUCCAGAUUUUGGCAAUGCAAGAUUAUCAUUGCGCUCGGAUGCUGAUAAGUAUGGAGCACUCCUGCCUCCAAAUUACUUCGAUAUCCUUCCUGAGGCAGUGAAAACGGCAUUUCAAAGUGAUAAAUUUGAAUGGGGGAACGUGCCAGAGUGGAUACCUCCGAGAGAGGUUCGUUGAUCGUAUCGAUCACGUUCAUCAGUUUGGUUUUCUUGCUUUCUUUCUGUCAUCAGCUGUGAUUGUACUUUUAGCAUUACAUUAUUACCGCAUGUUUGUUUAGCUUACUUGGAUUAUGGAUUAUGUCCUGGGG